UUCCCAGUGGAGUGGAUGGUUCAGGAAUAAACACACACACACACGCAGUCCUCGCCAUGGACGGUUGGCAGACCAACUAACAUGUACCCAGGGAGAAGGCCUGGACAGAGGAAGGGUGGAGUGUUAUGACUGAGAAAGCAGGGAUGGUGGAAGAAGAGGAAGAGUGACAAGUAGAAAGAAGACGGAGAGAAGUUCUUGACAGAGUUUCAAGAGGCGCUGUCGAAGAAUCACGUCUGGACAUUCUCCACGUCAGACAGGCCGUCCACCAUGUCUGUCCCCCUGGAGCAGGGCUCCUACCCCGGGGACAGGGAGCAGGCAGGUCUGGGGACCCUACAGAGACAGCUCAUCUGUCCUAUCUGUCUGGAAGUAUUCACCAAACCAGUGGUCAUCCUGCCAUGCCAACACAACCUCUGCAGGAAGUGUGCCAACGACCUCUACCAGCCCUCUCUGUUCCAGGUGGGGUCUGGAGGGAGGUUCCGCUGUCCGUCCUGCAAUCAGGAAGUUGUGUUGGACCGUCACGGUGUCUACGGGCUGCAGCGCAACCUGCUGGUAGAGAAUAUUAUUGACGUCUACAAACAGGAGUCCACCAGCUCUAGAUCCCAGUCGUCAAAGCCUGCGGGCCAGCCCACCUGUGAGGAGCACAACGGUGAGAAGGUCAACAUUUACUGCAUCACCUGUCAGGUGCCCACUUGUUCCCUCUGCAAGGUGUUCGGUGCCCACAACACCUGCCAGGUGGCACCGCUGACACAAGUCUACCAGCAGCAGAAGGCUGAGCUGAGUGAGGAGGUUAGCGCCUUGGUGGCGUCGAACGGCCAGGUCCAAGCCUUCAUCGAUGAGUUGGAAGUGACCUGCAAGACUGUUGAGGAGAACUGUAAGACCCAGAAGCAGACAGUGUGUGAGAAGUUCAACCGUAUCCUCGCCAUCCUGGAGGAGCGACAGAGGAUCAUGAAGCAGCGAGUCACGUACGAGCAGGAGGGGAAGACGGGUCACGCUCGUUCGCUGGUGCGAUCCUACAGAGAGAGCGUAGAGACCAGCACCAAACUGGUAGAGACUGCUGUGACCACCAUGGAGGAACCUGAGAUGGCUGCCUUCAUGAAGAUUGCAAAAGACUUGAUUGUAAAGGUGAAUGAGGCGUCCAGUGCCUGCAUCGUGGAGACCCUGGAGCCUGGUUAUGAGAACAUGGACCACUACAGGGUCAACUUCAACACAGAGAAGAGGGCUCUGUACAAGUUGGACUUCAUCAAAGUGGAGGAGGAGGGAGAGGAGGUUCCUGAGGAGGCAGAACCAGAGCCGGAACCAGAAUGUGAACCAGUUCUGGACCUAGAACCAGAGGCCGUUCUGGAACCAGUAACAGUUCAUGAACCAGUGGCACUGCCAGUACUGGUGCAAGAACUAGAGCCAGAAUUAGUACCACAGCCAGUGCCGGUGCCGGUGGUGGUGGAAGACCUACGGACAGAACCAGAGCAGGUGCCAGUGACAAAGCGACAGCUAGUUCCAGAACAUGUGGCAGUUCUAGAGCCGCUGGAAGUUCUAGAACCAGAGUCGGCAUCCAGUCAGGUCCUGGAUGCAGAGCCUGCGUUGGAGCUGAAGACAGUGGGAGAGUGUUGGGGACUGAAGGACCCAGCAGAGCUGACAGAGCAGCUCAGGGAUCAAGCAGAGGGGUGUGAUGCAGACCUGCAGAAAGAGGAGUUCUGUGACCGAGAGGGCUUCAAUACACAACAGGCUGUCACGCUCUUCUUCUUCAUCCUGGCCCUGGUCAUCAUGCUCCAGACUGUGUGGGCCCACAUCAAGAGCCUUGCUUUUAUAUAGCAGAGAACAGCAGCAGGAUUCACACUGCAACCUGGUUGAUAAUACUAAGAUUGAGCCUGGGUCAGAGAACCCCACACCACAGGAAGGUGGUCCCUCCUCCCACUCCUCCCCCUCCUCUCCUUCCUCCAGUGAGUCCCCUCGUCUCAGCUUCUCUUCCUCCUGGCUCAACGCUCUCUCCAAGAAGAAGAAAUGAAGAAGAGAUUGUCUGUACCACCGAGGGCCUGUCUGAGCCAUCAUGGCUACAGAGGGCCUGUCUGAACCAUCAUGGCUACAGAGGGCCUGUCUGAACCGUCAUGGCUACAGAGGGCCUGUCUGAACCCUCAUGGCUACAGAGGGCCUGUCUGAACCAUCAUGGCUACAGAGGGCCUGUCUGAGCCAUCAUGGCUACAGAGUCUGAACCCUCAUGGCUACAGAGGCCUGUCUGAACCAAUCAUUGGGCUACAGAGGGCCUGUCUGAACCAUCAUGGCUACAGAGGGCCUGUCUGAACCAUCAUGGCUACAGAGGACCUGUCUGAACCAUCAUGGCUACAGAGGGGACAGGCCAGGCAGAGACAAGGCCAAGAUGGUUGAAACGUCAAUGAUGUCAAAUUCUUCUAAUUAAAUGAUUUUUAACGUCAAGAGCUGAGAGCUGCAUGUGUUUUCCCAGGCACACAGAAAAAAGCAUACUCAAUAUUCACUGACCAUUUUGCAGGUCUUAAAUCUGAUACCUACUGUACGUUAUUGUGCUCAUGUACACUAUGUGUUGGGGUAGGAUACGAUUUAAAUAUCUCUUCAUUAUUUGUUCUACUUCAUUGAUUGUUAUUAUCAUGUGAUGCAUGAUGGGUCUAUCCAAUGUUUGUGUUUAUCUGUUGGGAAAUUUUCUUUAGCAUAUCUAGUUUUGUUGUUCUGUCGUCGCACCGAUGCAUGAUAAGUUGUUGUUUUCACUGUUCUUGUUCAUCCCUGUAUACAGCGCCUUCAGAGAGGUUUCACAACACUUGACUUUUUCCACAUUUUGUUGUGCCACAACUUGAAUUAUAAAUUUAUUAAAUUUAGAUUUUUUUU